GCGGACACCGGCGGACACCCCUAGACACUCUGCUCUCCGCCACUCUCGUAUCCACAACUACUUCCGCUCCCUUCGUUCCCCCCGCAUACACCCCCAAAUCCUCCUUUAAGUACCCCUAUCGCACGACCUCCGUAAUGUCCGAAACCCAGAUCUCGUCGAUUCUCCAGGGUGGAUACCACCAUCCGCUCUCCCGCCAGUGGCAGGCCGAGCGUCAGCUCACCAAGUCGGCUCUCGUCUACCCUAUAUUCAUCACCGACAAUCCCGAUGAAGAGACUCUCAUUCCCUCGCUUCCCGGCCAGGGCCGUCGCGGUGUCAACAAGCUCAUCCCGUUCCUGACCCCGCUUGUCGAGCGCGGACUUCGAUCCGUCAUCCUCUUCGGUGUCCCGCUUGCGGACGGCGCGAAGGACGAAACCGGCUCGCAGGCCUCCGCUGCCGACGGUCCCGUGGUUCUCGCCAUCAAGGCCAUCAAGAAGGCGUUUCCCAAGAUGUUCGUCAUGUGCGAUGUGUGUCUCUGCGAAUACACCAGCCAUGGCCACUGUGGAGUGCUCAACGCCGACGGAACACUCAACCAGGCGGAGAGCUGCAAGCGUAUUGCGGCCACCGCCGUCGACUAUGCCCGUGCCGGUGCCGACUGUGUCGCUCCGUCGGACAUGAACGACGGACGCGUCCUCGCUAUCAAGAAGGGCCUCCUCGAGGCGGAUGUCGGUCACAAGGUCAUGCUCAUUUCCUAUGCGGCGAAGUUCUCUGGCUGCCUUUACGGCCCGUUCCGUGAUGCUGCUGGAUCGGCCCCUUCGUUCGGCGACAGGAAAUGUUAUCAGCUCCCGUCCACCGGCCGUGGUCUCGCUCGUCGUGCGAUCCGCCGUGAUCUCGGUGAGGGCGCUGACGGAAUCAUGGUCAAGCCUGCCGGAUGGUUCCUGGAUGUUCUCAGCGACGCGAAGGAUAUCGCCAAGGACGUUCCGAUCUCUUGCUACCAGGUCUCGGGAGAGUUCGCCAUGAUCCACGCGGCUGCCGAGAAGGGUGUCUUCGACCUCAAGACUGCUGCGUUGGAAUCCCUGAACGGAAUGUUGCGCGCUGGAGCCAACACUAUCCUCACCUAUUUCACCGAGCAGAUCUUGUUGGAGGGAUGGCUGGACGAGGAAUAAGCGGGCAUCGCUUGGCCUUAUUGAUGUUCUGGUUCUGAUUUGCGUUGUGCGGUGUUGUGAAAAGUGAGAAAAGUGCGCAAUUACGAUGAUGAUUUGAUGGAUGGUGCAUAAAGGUUCCGCUAUCACAAAACAGGGGAGGGAAUCAUACGCUUUGCUUCUUCACAAAUUCUGUACUUUUCUGUUUCUGUGUUUAAUGAGAUCCCACCUUUGUUUUCUGUGAUGUAAAUCGGAAUGGUAGUCUCAUUAACUUUCGCCUGA